CUUCAGCCUUCUCCCGCAAUCAUCGAGACUGCAUUGCGCAUUUUGACGACAACCAUGGCGGCUACUAAUGAACCUUUCUACAUCCGAUACUAGUUGGUAUUCCCUCUCGAUGUGUCUGGGAAGCUGCUAACAUAAUUAAAAGCUCAGGACAUUCAGGACGUCACGGCCAUGAAUUUCUUGGUGAGCCUCUUCGCGACCUCAAGUUUUUGGGGCAACCUCUAAUUGUGCAAAACAGAAUUCGAUUUCCGAGUCCUAGGGGAUGGCAGAAGCGCGUCGGCGCGUUAUGCGAACAAUUCCAAUUACCGAAACGAUUCUCUCAUCAGGAAAGAGAGUGCGUUUACCAUUUUCUAGGUCGUCAGGGCUACGGCUAAUAACGAAUGUCAAUAGUGUGUGUCAGUUCUCUCCUUGUGGACGAAAUCAAGCGCAUCAUCAAGACGAGUGAGAUCAUGAAGUAGAUUGGAGUUUUCUAUGGAGGCACAGAAAACUUGGCUUACAAUAUGAUAGGGAAGACGAUAAGAACUGGCCUCAGAAGAAUAAGGAUGGAAGACAAGAACUGGAAAUUCGUUUGGGGGGCGAACAUAUCUCCUUUGAGGUAUAAGUUAUCUGCCAUUCAUUCCAGCAAUCGCUAACGGGCAUUUUACAGACGGCAAAGAUUGGUUCAUUAGUUGAUGUUACCGAAUCGCAAGAUCCCGAGGGACUACGUGUUUUCUACUACCUUGUUCAGGAUCUCAAAGCGCUGGUAUUUUCGCUGAUUGCUCUUCACUUCAAGAUCAAGCCUAUAUGAGCCAAGUGAAGGCUGGGAAGAGGGAAAACCGGAGUCGGGCGUUACACGAUGGCCAUAUGCAAAGGAUACCAAACGACAAACCAAGUUCGGAAUUUACGGUCUACCUAUUCAUGUUUUUGAUGGAUCACAGUGAAAUACCCAUGUCGGCCUGGAAAUGCGAAGCUUGCUCGUGUAUUUGGAGGUUGCAGAAACCGAAAUUUCCAACGCAUGGCAAUUUUGGAGCAUGCAUGUCUCUUCAGUAUCAAAUAAUUCGAAUACUUUCUCGAUUUACUUACAAUGUGUCGACUCCGGCUCCCGAUAGACAAGAAAAGUGGCACUGAACUAUCCGUUAUUAUUCUAAUUUUUUGGGGGUCAACAUAGGUGACUAAUCUAUGUUUGGGUCAAAGACACAAGUUGUCUUCGAAAGCUGGAUCAAUGAUUCAAAUUGUUAUAAAAUCCUGGAGCCAACAAGAAUUAUUGUACUGAGAUGGUGCAAUGCAGUUACUUACUGCCUCUUUUCUUGUCUACCGGGAGUCUGGCUACAGCUCCUCCAGUCUCAUGACAUUAGUGAUUCACUAAAGUCGGAUACUGGUGCAUUUCGUCUUAUUAUCUACCACAUCAACUUGUGAAGGGAAAUCGUUGUCCCAAGUUAUACUUCUUCUUAAUAAACCAGGAAGCAGUUUGUUUUGCUCUCUAAUAAUAGUAACAAAU